AUCAAUAGCUUGACAGACAGCUUUGAAAAAAUGUCUUUGUAUGCGUAUAAUUGAAGAUAUCUGAACAUUAUAAAUGGGAUUCCAGAUAAUGUCUCAAGUCAAAUAAAAAAUUAAGUAACUAAUUGUUAUGUGGUUUCAUUUUCAUCUAUUAAAGUUCUAAAUAAGAUAAUUUUUUAAUCCUACUAUCUAAUAUGGACACCUCAGUAGGAAGGAGAAGAGUUCAUCGAACAAUCGAGUAUACUGAGUUGGAUUCAGAUUAUCAACACGAUGUUAGCAUGUACAAAAAGAGCCCUGGAAACGAAAUUGCCCUCAGUGUAUUCGAAGAAUUAGCCUUAGAACGACUUCAGUUGUUACGGAUAAUGGAAGAAGCUUCGAACAAAGGCCACAGACAAUAUUCAGAGGAGUGGAAAAAGUAUAUCAAAGAAGAGCUUGCUAAACAGGGUUUAAGAAAGUAUCUAAGGUUGUUAGGUGGUUACUGCAGUCAAACAGAACAAGAUGUUCAAGCAAGAAAAGCAGAUCAUGUUUCCCAUUUUAUUCUAAGAUUAGCUUAUUGUCGAUCUGGAGACUUACGAAGAUGGUUUUUGACCAGGGAAAUGGAGUGGUUCAAGUUUAGAUUUUUGGUUCAAACUCAACAGGGAAUAAUGAAGUUUCUGCAGUUAAAUAAUCUAACUUAUAUACCCAUUCCAAUUGAUCUUAAAGAUAAAUUGAGACAAGAUUUGUUUGAUUCCACCCCAGGUGUGUCUGAAAGAGAUUUUAAUUCUGUCGACUUCUAUAAAGUACCAUUUGCUGAAGUUUUGUCUUUAGUAAAAUAUAGAAAAGUAUUUGUGCAAAAAGGUUACGCCUAUAUUCCUACCAGCGAUUUGAUAGUGUCUAUUCAAACCCAGUUUCGUGCAUCUCUAAGCGAAUCAUUAUGUGUAUACAAUCAACGUUUGCCAAAUUUGGACGAUGAUAGACUGAAUAGUUUGUUAAGUAAUCUCCAUCAUGUUCAUACAGGUAAAACAUAUGUAGUCGACGAAAAUAGAGAAGGUGUACACCCAGCGAAUCUGGAUUCUUACUCUAAGGAACAUUUUCCUUUGUGUAUGAAAACUUUAUUCACUAACUUUAGGACUGCUCAUCAUCUUAAACAUGGAGGAAGACUACAGCUUUUGCUUUUUUUAAAAGGAAUAGGCUUGUCUUACGAAGAUACCAUGAACUUUUGGCGUACCGAAUUUACGAAAAAUUCCAAUAUAGAUGAUAGUAAAUUCCAAAAAGAAUAUGCAUAUAUGGUUCGCCAUUCCUUUGGUAAAGCAGGCGGUAUGAUAAAUUAUUCUCCGCACAGUUGUAUUAAAAUUAUAAUGUCCAGUAUUGGGCCAGGAGAACAUCAUGGAUGUCCGUUCAAGCAUUGGGAUGCAAAUAUUAUGAAACAGAAGUUGCUGGGAGAAUAUGGAUUAGGAACGCAAAGUGUAAAUUCGAUUAUAGAAUUGGUAAAUGGAGGACAUUAUCAGAUUGCCUGCAGCAAAUUUUUCGAGUACACCCACAAUCAACCCCCGUCAAACAUGAUCAGUCAUCCCAACCAGUUUUUCACAGAAAGUUUGAAUUUAGCCAAAGAAAAACAGGAGGCAAAAAAGAAUUAAAAGAUUACUUACCGUUUGUGGUUUUUAUUCAGAAUUGUAUAUAUAUUUUUUUAUUUAGAAUAAUUGUAUAAUUUUUUAUUUAUAUUUGUCGUUUUUAAUGUUUUGGUAGAAUAAAUUACAUAUUUUUAAAUAA